AACCGCUCAGUUCAGACGUGCUUCUCUCUGUCUGUGUAGUCUGAAUACAAAACCUUGACUGAAAUAAUACACAUUAUUCUUGAGACAGCCAGCUUUAAAAUCUGUUUGAUGGUUCUCGUCUUUCUGAACAGAAGUGCUAUCCAUGUGUCUAUCCAAACGACCAGCUGCCGGCUGCUAAUAUCAACCUGCACAUAAAACAAAAAAAAAAGAAAAAGAAAAAGAAAAGAAAAAAAAACCAACAAGUAAGGGAUUGGUGCUAAAACUUUCGAGGGUCUUACGGCGCCAUCGAAAUUUUAUUAAGAAGUUCGAAUAAGGAAACGUGACUGACGCUGCCCCAACAUCCAAUAGGGAAUAAUCAGGAAAACAGACAAUACAUGGAAUAUACUCACACUAGUCCCAUGAGGAAACUAAUUCUACCGACAUCAAUUGCAUCGCUGCUGCUAUCCUGCCUCUUUAUACUGUUUCUGGCGGUGACAGUGAAAGCGAAUACGCAGUAUGUCGUUCCUUGCAGCUUCAACCCCAUGUGUUCGUGCAAGAUGUCACAAUCGUCACUCUUGGUCAAAAGAGACGAUUAUUUAAAGGAAAUGGAUGUGCAAAACCGAACAUCAUCCGAGUUGGCAGCGGAUGGAACACAGAAAGAGAGUAGACUGGAAGAAGAUAUGUCCACUAUCAUGGAGGCUGGCAGCAUGGAACAAGCAUUCGACGUGUCAUGUGUUGGCGUCCCAUUUGCAUUUUUACCAGCAUUGCCAUCUGGAAAGCUUUCCCAUGUGGACAUAGUUAGCUCUGGGUUGGAAGUCGCUGAGCUAAUCUCUCCCUCGAGGAUUUCUUCUUCCAUCGCGCCACGCAUCCAAAUCGAAUCGUUACGUCUUAUGAGCAACAAGAUCUGCCACAUUGAUGAUAAUUUAUUCAGAGGUAUGGAAGAUGAUUUGAAAUCGUUGGACCUGAGUUAUAAUGAAUUGGACGAGAUUCCGGUUGGUCCUCUGCAUACUCUGCGAGCAUUGGUGUGGGCGAAUUUUCACAGUAACCAGAUUUCGUCAUUAGAAGGACUAGGGCAAUUAUGGACUCAUUUAUCGCCCAGCUUAGACGCUCUUUUUCUGGGAAACAAUGACAUUAUGGCCCUUCAAAGAUCGAAAAGCAAUGAUCAAGGAUGGGAUGGCUGGGGCCAUUCUCUUGCAUUACUGCGGAAUUUGAACUGGCUCAACUUGGAUGGCAACCAACUAACGGAUCUACCAACAGACACUCUACCACGUCAACUGCACACACUAAGUGUUGCUCAUAAUCGUAUAAUAAGGUUUCCGAGCAAGUGUGUUGAGCAACUUCGUGAUUUACGAUGGCUCGAUUUGCGGGGCAAUUUCAUCAGUGAAUUACCGAUUGACACCAUUCGUACAGAGCCGGGCUCCAAGUUGCGACUGAAAAAGUUAGAUCUAGGAGAGAACUUGAUUAGUUCUUUGCAAGGAGGAGCAAUGUUCAACCGCAGUCUUCACGUUCGCGAUCUCUACCUCGACUAUAACCGAAUACCUCGAAUACCUGAUUCGGCAUUUCGCGGCACGAACGUGAAUCGCUUGUAUCUUGCUGGGAACGGGCUGUUUAGUAUUGACGAACGGGCGUUCCACUCAUUAUCGUCAACCCUGACACUACUUGAUUUGGAUAGGAACAAACUAAGUACCUACCCGGCAGCGCUCGAUCAUCUGAAAAAGUUACGGUUUCUUUAUUUGACAAAUAACCGCAUGUCUUAUUUACCUCAUGGUACUUUUGCUAGCUUCGGCUUGCAACUAGAAGAAUUGAAUUUAGCAAGUAACAGAUUAGAAGACUUCCCAGCCACCGCUCUUCGAAAUUGUCCGAAAUUGAUUCACCUAAACCUAGCUCACAACGUGAUUGAAAAUGUAACGAAAGACAUGUUUUACGGUUGGGCAGAAAGCAUGGAAAUUCUGAAUUUGAAAGGAAACAAGAUCAAGGAAUUGCCAUCACGUCUCUUCCAACACUCUCUCAAGAUCCGCGAACUAAGCCUGUCUUUUAAUCCAUUGAAGGCUAUCAGUGAUGACGCAUUUGUAGAUAUCGCGGAUACGCUAGAAUCACUAGAACUGAACAUGGUGUUUGAGGAGGACUCGUUCCCCGUUGCACUGCUGCGAUCUUUGCGUCAACUAAGGUGGCUAUCGUUGGAAUCCAAUGGCAUUAUGUCAUUACCAGCUUUAACGCUGGAUCUUGAUAAACUCCAGUACCUGAGUUUAGAGGGAAACCGAAUCGCUGCAUUAAAUAGCAAGUUUUUCAGAGGUGCAAAGCUACGCUCGCUUCGAGAUGUACGUUUAUCUCACAAUCGUAUCCAAUUUCUACCAAAACACACUUUCCACAAUCUAGAGGCAGUCACUAACGUCGCACUUGCAAGCAAUCGCAUUCAAGUUAUUCAACAUUCUGCGUUUGAUCACUUACCGAAACUUGUAACACUGAGUUUGGCGAAUAACCACAUCGACAGACUAGAGGCCGGCGCCUUUCUACGGCUUCCUAGCUUACUCAAGAUUGAUCUUCAAUCAAAUAAACUACAAGAAUUUAGCUGGGAUGCUAUAUCCAAUUGCACGAAUGUGUUCAUGGCGGCAAGUCUCAAUCUAUCAAACAACUUGAUAACUAGUCUCGAAUACGGCGCAGAGCUCGAGACCAACCGGCUCCAUAUGAAAUCCAUCGAUUUGAGUCAUAACAUGCUGGCGAUUUUCCCUAACACAGAUUUUCUAUCUGUAAUUGCUGUUGGUAGCCUAAAGAGACUACUACUUGGGUAUAAUAAGAUCAAAACGCUGCCUGAUCGGAUGCUGUCUACAAGUUGCCAAAAUUUGCAAGUGCUGGAUGUGCAACACAACCUUAUACAAGAAGUGGGGCGCUACACCUUGAUGGGCGCCACCAGCUUACAGAGCGUUGAUUUCAGCGGAAACCUACUUGAACAACUUCCAAUGAACUUCUUUGCUAACCUAAGGCGGUUGCGCAUUGUUAAUCUCUCGAAUAACCGAAUACGUUUAAUUUCGAACGAUAUCUUUGACGGAACGGCCAUUGAGACGUUAAGCAUCGCCCAUAAUUAUUUGACCAAAUUCCCCAGUUCUCUGUCAUCUAUAUCUUCAACUUUAAUUAACCUGGACGUUUCACACAACCAAAUCGAUCACUUAGAUGCCGUAAUGUUAUCCUACACACCUAAUCUGGUUUCCUUGAACUUGGCGCAUAACAAAUUGACUUUGUUAUCCGACAAUGUUUUUUCUUACCUCAACGGACUGGUAUCUCUUGACUUAAGUUACAAUGCCAUCAGGGCUAAUUUCAAAGAGCUGUUUCACGAAAUUCAACAUGUAAAAAAAUUGAAUCUGGCAAGUACUGGCAUCAACAAUUGGCCACAUCUCCCAUUGCCAAGUUUGAUUGCUUUAAACCUAUCGUACAAUGCACUGGAUUGUCGGACGAUUAACGAGAUCCCAGCCAACACAGUAAUUCGCCUUGGACGCAUAAGAAGUCUUGAUCUGUCGCGGAAUCGCUUCACUGUUGUUCCUAGCUUCCUGUGGCAGUAUAUGCCUCUACUGAAGCAUUUGGAUCUUUCGUCUAAUCCCAUCCGUAGCAUCAACCGUGACAGUUUCGCCGGCUUAGUCAGAGUACAAACACUCAAUCUUCAAUCCGUUGGGGUUCCUGUACUCGAAAACGUCGACAGCGAUUCGUUGCAUUCGCUUUUUUCCUUAACUCAAAUAAAGAUGCAGACGUGGCCUGGAUCGCAUCUUUCUCAGAUAUUGGGCGGAUUGCGUGGUUUACGCAAACUUGAUAUUGAAGUAAGAGGCCCUGUUCUUUCCUCCCAAUUGAACUACAUCGCCACAGUUGAUGCAGCACCAAAGUUGAAAGACAUUGAAGUAUCUGGAUCCUUUCUCAAGACCAUAAAUCCAGAUGUCUUCGCUAACACUGGAAUUCACACUAUGCCAGAAUGCAGCAUUUCCCUCAAGCACACUGCAGUGAGGUAUUUACCGGAGCGGUUUGUAAAUGGCCUCGAAGGAUGCACUUCCCUUGCUUUAGAUUUGAGGUCAAACGCCUUGCAAACGAUCGAGUUACAAUCUAUCAAAACUAAUAACUCGCUGUCGGGGACGUCAACAAAACACCUCGCAGGUGGCCUUUGGUUGGAAAGCAACCAGUUAACGUGUUCCUGCGAAAACGCUUGGAUUGCAAAAUGGCUGACAAGAUGGAAUUUAGAGACAACUUCCAUGGGACAUUUAAUAAUUAGAUUGCCCGAUGAAAUUCUUUGUCGAGAUCCCGCCAGCCUCAAAUUUAAUAAUCUAUUUGAUCAACCAAUAAGCAUAGAGGCAUGUAGUAAUUCAGCAAUCACUGCUCUUCGCUUUUCUGUUCGAGAGCAAUUUUCUAUUGUAUUUUUUGUGUUGGUAUCCCUUCUAUAUGUUUUGUGAGAAACGUAGAAGGUUCAGAGUAGAGGUGAACCUGCUGCUACCCGACUGAUCCUCAGGGUAUGAAAAUUUUCAUCUCAUUCGACGUCUACAAACAACAGUCAUACGUACAUCUUGGUAUAGGUGUUUGCAAUCUAAAAAUCAAUUGCACCUUGAACGUUACCAAGUGGUAACUUACGUCACAUUUUUACUUCACCAAAAGAAGGUUACUGCAAUAUUAGUAUAAGCAUUCAUUUUUGACAGACAAAAGCAAUGAUGUGUAUACUUUACCUAUCGGUUUAAAAAAAAUAGCCAGUGGUUUGCGAUUAAGUUCAAAAGGCGAAUCUCUGAAGGAGUUAGACUACUUGGGGAAAAAAGAGACUAAUGAGAGAAAAAUUCCUACGGAAUUUUUUGAUAAUGUUAUAUGAACGUUCAUUUCGGAUUAUGGGAGAUAUUAAGUAUAUUUAUCCUACAAUGAUUUAAGUUUAAGCUAAAGUGCAGUUUUGGGGAAUGGGAUCAACAACUGACCAAGCUCAACAAGCGGUUUAAGAAAAAAUUAUAGAACUAACAAUGCGGAUGUUGUUCGCCUUUUUCACGGCAGUCAGCGUUGAUAACUGAGCCGUCCACAGGGAAAAGUCGGCAGUCUUCACUUUUAUUUAGAGCUUGCGGACUUUUCAGGAUAUUUAACUUAAAUAUUUGACGUGAAGACGAAACCCACUUAAGACAAAAGUUCAAUAAAUUUCAUCAUAGAAAUAAAAACCCUCAGCAGAGAGGCUACUAAUGUAGCGUAAAAAAAAAAGUUUUUUUCACGUUUUUGCUACAAUUUAUUGUUCAUUUUCUAGCAAGAUAGUUUGAAUGUUGUUUCAAAAUUUUUCGCACCUUAAUUUUCCAUAUCUGAAUUUUUAUUUUAAAAAAAAAUGCGUUGUUGGUAUAAUCGUCCACUUAACUCACCUUCUGCAAUCCGAGUCCGAACGAUCUAUCUGGUAAUGAUUUCUUGUUUCCUUUAAGCCUCUUACGUUCUGCCGUUCUCCAGCGUUUAACCCAGGAUGAAAAAAAAACAAAAAACAAACGAUCUUUGACUGAACAUAUAACGCUUUUAUGAGAACAAAUAGGAGCGAAAACGAUAUUUGCAUAUUUGAAACAGUCAAUAUGUUCACAGUUUUUUCCUUGCUAAAAGAAAGGUUGGGACGAUCUGCUAUCAUUUGCUUAAAAUAACUUCCGAAAAAACCUUUAAUGAUCGUCAACAUUGGUCAUUUUUCAGACUUUCUUAUGGUACAGAAAAUGUUAAUUGCAUUACUACUGCCAGCUACAGGCAAAUAUGUUACCUUUAGUGUCACUAACGCGUCUUUUAAUAUUUAUUUUAGCUAUUCACAAAAACAUCGGUCUGGCAUAUUUUAUCCCAGAUUUUAUUUGUACUGAAGGUGUCUCGACCAGGAUAAAUUUACUUUGAAUUGCUUCGCAACUAGUAGUUCCAAGAACUGGAUACUUUAAUGUCGUAUGUGUUAGAUGAUCUCUGUGUAUAUGAUUUGCUUGAGCACAAAUUUCACUAAUCACUGAACCAUUUUGAUUAUAAAUUAGUAUUCAAUGUCAUAACGGUGCAACCCUGUGAUAUAUUCUGAAGUGUUGAGGCAAACACUGUACUAAUAAUUUGUAUUUUCACACUGUAUAUAAUAGCAAAUAUAAAAAUUAUUCGUUCUAUACAGAAAAUGUAAACAAACAAAUAAGUAAAAUAUCU